AUGCGCCUCAUCGACGUAAAUUCGUUCAAGCUCCAGGAGUUCUCAGGGUCGGAUAUACCACCAUACGCCAUACUGUCCCAUACUUGGGGAGAUGCAGAGGUGUCGUUUCAGGAAUGGCAAGACCUACAAGAGGCAUCCAGAAAAGCCGGCUAUUCGAAGAUCUACGGAGCCUGUCAGCAGGCGAAGGCCGAUGGACUUGAAUGGCUGUGGGUUGACACGAACUGCAUUGACAAGACGAGCUCAGCAGAGUUAUCUGAGGCUAUCAACUCCAUGUACCGGUGGUACGCCCAGUCCCACAUAUGCUAUGCAUAUUUGGUGGAUGUUCCCACGGGCACGACAAAUACCGAAAGCGACAGGGAUGCUUUGAUGGAGCGGUUCAGAGAAAGUCGCUGGUUCACUCGAGGAUGGACCCUACAGGAACUCUUAGCCCCAACCAGCGUUGUGUUCUAUGCAUACGACUGGACCAGCAUCGGAAGCCGAGAAACGUCACUGUCUGAUGAAAUACACCAUGCCACUGGCAUCGACCGUGGUUAUCUCAUCAACGAUAGUACCAUGUCGCCUUCAUCUGCCGGCGCGUCAACGAAGAUGUCCUGGCUCUCGAAACGGGAAGUCACUCGCGAGGAAGAUCUUGCCUAUUGCAUGCUGGGCCUCUUCGACAUCAGUAUGCCUUUGCUAUACGGAGAGGGCAUGAAGGCAUUCACAAGACUCCAGGAAGAGAUUAUUAAGUCGGAUAACGACCACACCAUCUUUUGCUGGGAAUGGAUCUACCCAAUCAUACCAGCGCAUUGGUCCAGUUUCCUCGCGCCUUCGCCUUUGGCCUUCAGAAACUCCCACAGGUUUCGACGGAGAGAUUCAAAUCUCGACGAAACCGGAGGCCUUUCUACGUAUCAUAUGACGAACGCAGGCCUGUCGAUAAAACUCCCUAUGCUAUACACAGGUAUGGCAGGCUACAUUGUCGCCUUGGAUGUCGAAAACAGCGAGGGAGCGCAGGCAUGGAUCCAGGUCUCCGGCCACGAUAAUGGGCAAACUCUAUACAACGGCGACGUGGCUUUUGAUCGAAUGGGAGGUUUUGUGAAGGGGAUGUUGCGCGCCCAGUUUUGGGGAGAUGAGCUUCCGUACUUUUAUGGCGCAAGAGUCAGAUUGUUAUUGAUAACGCCCCAGGAUGACACGAGGAAGGCGGUGACGAAUUUCGUCGUGGAUAGCCAUGUCACGAAUGGCAGCGAAGGGUCAUCGCAGAGCUCAACAGGUGCCGUAUGGAGCCCGUAA